AACCGCUCGGUCGGGUGCCCGCGGAAGCGCGCGUGCCCGUGUUAGCCUCGCGCUCCGCUGCCGUCGCCGGCACCGAGCUAAGUCCCCGGGCUCGGCAAUGAGCGGCGCCAGGAACAAUCGGGUGAUGAUGGAGGGAGUUGGGGCCCGAGUGGUGCGGGGGCCCGACUGGAAAUGGGGCAAGCAGGACGGGGGAGAGGGGCAUGUGGGUACCGUCAGGAGCUUCGAGAGUCCCGAGGAGGUGGUGGUGGUGUGGGAUAACGGCACCGCCGCCAACUACCGCUGCUCCGGGGCCUACGACCUGCGCAUUCUCGACAGCGCACCGACAGGAAUCAAGCACGAUGGAACUAUGUGUGAUACGUGUCGUCAGCAGCCAAUUAUUGGCAUUCGGUGGAAAUGUGCAGAGUGUACCAAUUAUGACCUUUGCACUGUUUGUUACCAUGGAGAUAAGCACCAUUUGAGGCAUAGAUUCUAUAGAAUCACUAUUCCUGGAAGUGAAAGAGUUUUGCUGGAGUCUAGACGCAAGUCAAAGAAGAUAACAGCAAGAGGCAUUUUUGCUGGUGCAAGGGUAGUACGUGGAGUGGAUUGGCAGUGGGAGGACCAAGAUGGGGGCAAUGGACGUAGAGGAAAGGUGACUGAAAUUCAAGAUUGGAGUGCUUCUAGUCCUCACAGUGCAGCAUAUGUUUUGUGGGACAAUGGAGCCAAGAAUUUGUACAGAGUGGGGUUUGAAGGCAUGUCUGACCUGAAAUGUGUGCAAGAUGCAAAAGGCGGUUCCUUUUACAGAGAUCAUUGUCCUGUUCUUGGUGAACAAAAUGGGAGUCGGAACCCUGGUGGCCUACAGAUUGGUGAUCUUGUAAAUAUAGAUCUGGAUCUAGAAAUUGUUCAGUCAUUACAACAUGGGCAUGGUGGUUGGACAGAUGGCAUGUUUGAGACAUUAACUACCACCGGCACAGUCUGUGGCAUUGAUGAAGAUCAUGACAUUGUUGUACAGUAUCCAAGUGGGAACAGGUGGACGUUCAAUCCUGCAGUUCUGACCAAAGCUAAUGUGGUUAGAAGUGGAGAUGUAGUACAGGGAGCAGAAGGUGGGUCGUCACCAUUUAAUGUUGGUGACCUGGUUCAGAUUUGUUAUGACCUGGAGCGAAUCAAACUUCUUCAGCGUGGUCAUGGAGAAUGGGCUGAAGCUAUGCUUCCUACAUUGGGGAAAGUUGGGCGUGUGCAGCAGAUUUACUCUGAUAGUGAUCUGAAAGUAGAAGUGUGUGGGACAUCCUGGACUUACAACCCUGCAGCUGUUACUAAAGUGGCAUCAGCUGGAUCUGCUGUGAGCAAUGCUUCAGGUGAGCGUUUAUCCCAAUUAUUAAAAAAACUAUUUGAAACACAAGAAUCUGGGGACAUCAAUGAAGAACUUGUUAAAGCUGCAGCCAAUGGUGAUGUUGCAAAAGUGGAAGAAAUAAUGGCAAGGCCAGACGUUGAUGUGAAUGGUCAGUGUGCAGGACACACUGCAAUGCAGGCGGCAAGCCAGAAUGGACAUGUGGAUGUCCUGAAGCUGCUUCUCAAACACAGUGUUGAUUUAGAAGUUGAGGAUAAAGAUGGAGACAGAGCCGUUCACCAUGCAUCAUUUGGUGAUGAAGGAGCAGUUAUUGAUGUUUUACAUAGAGGAGGAGCAGAUCUCAAUGCUCGGAAUAAGCGGAGACAGACUCCGUUGCACAUUGCUGUAAAUAAAGGUCAUUUGCAAGUUGUUAAAACUUUGCUGGAUCUUGGAUGUCACCCAAGCCUUCAGGACUCUGAAGGUGACACACCUCUUCAUGAUGCAAUAAGCAAAAAAAGGGACGAUAUGCUCUCGGUGCUGCUUGAAUCAGGAGCAGAUGUAACGAUCACUAACAACAAUGGUUUCAAUGCUCUUCAUCACGCUGCUCUGCGAGGAAAUCCUAGUGCCAUGCGUGUAUUACUUUCCAAACUUCCAAGGCCAUGGAUCGUGGAUGAGAAAAAGGACGAUGGAUAUACUGCUUUACAUUUAGCAGCAUUGAACAAUCAUGUUGAAGUGGCAGAAUUAUUGGUUCAUCAGGGCAGUGCUAACCUGGAUAUCCAGAAUGUGAACCAGCAAACUGCAUUACAUUUAGCCGUUGAACGCCAGCAUACUCAAAUUGUUCGGCUCUUGGUUCGUGCUGGUGCAAAGUUGGACAUCCAGGAUAAGGAUGGUGAUACGCCGCUUCAUGAAGCCCUGCGCCAUCAUACUUUGUGUCAACUUCGUCAACUACAGGAUAUGCAGGAUGUGGGGAAAGUAGACAGUGGCUGGGAACCCUCCAAAAACACGUUGCUUAUGGGCCUUGGGACACAAGGAGCAGAUAAAAAGAGUGCUGCCUCUAUUGCUUGCUUUCUAGCUGCAAAUGGAGCCGAUCUUGCUAUUCGGAAUAAAAAAGGACAGUCACCACUUGAUCUAUGCCCAGAUCCAAACCUCUGUAAGGUCCUGGCCAAGUGUCACAAGGAGAAAGUCAGUGGACAAGUGGGAUCACGUAGUCCUUCUAUGAUUAACAAUGAUACAGAAACUUUGGAAGAGUGCAUGGUUUGUUCAGAUAUGAAACGUGACACCUUGUUUGGACCUUGUGGACACAUUGCUACUUGUUCCCUUUGCUCACCACGUGUUAAAAAAUGCCUUAUUUGUAAAGACCAAGUUCAGUCUCGAACAAAGAUUGAGGAAUGCGUGGUAUGUUCUGAUAAGAAGGCAGCAGUGCUAUUCCAACCUUGUGGUCACAUGUGCGCCUGUGAAAAUUGUGCAAGCCUGAUGAAAAAAUGUGUGCAAUGCAGAGCAGUUGUGGAACGAAGAGUGCCUUUUAUCAUGUGUUGUGGUGGGAAAGGUACGGAAGAUUCCAAUGAUGAUCUUAGCAGUGGAAAUAUUACUCCCCUUCAACGAGACAAGGACAAUACCAAUGUCAAUGCUGAUGUACAGAAGCUCCAGCAACAGUUGCAGGAUAUCAAGGAGCAGACUAUGUGCCCUGUUUGCCUAGAUCGUUUGAAGAACAUGAUUUUCCUCUGUGGACAUGGGACAUGUCAGCUUUGUGGUGAUCGAAUGAGUGAAUGUCCUAUCUGCCGCAAAGCCAUAGAACGCAGGAUUUUACUGUAUUAAACUGAGAAAGUAUUGUCUGAGUACAAAACACAGAGCACUACACCUGUAUCAUAGUCCAGAGUAAAUUAUUUUUGGUAGCCCUUUUGUUUGUAGUAUCAUGGAUGGAUCAUAAAGUCUGUAGCCUUUUCUAUGUUAUAAUGUUACACUAUGGGAACUUGACAAUUUAUAUGCACAGUUCUUUAUAAGCAAUCAUCAAGGUGACAUGUUGAGUUGGUUUGUAUGGUUGGUAUCAGCUCUCAACCUAGCUCCAAUUGCAUUCCUGCAGUUGAUUUUUUUUAAAUGCUCUUGGCUACAGUAGGAAAAUAGCAAUUUUUUUGUCUGAUCAAGAACAAGAUAUAACUUCUGAGUUAAAGAUUUUCUUGGUAAUUUUUAAAAUUUGUUUUAACAAAUUCAAGGUAUAUGCAUAAGUUCUUUUAAAUGUGUUUAGGUUUGCAAACAUAUUUCUGUUACAGAUGUGCUUAAUUCAGCAGAGGCUAAUUUUCUGGAAAUUUAUCAUCUGCAACUCAGUAAUUCAUCUUAAAAAAAGACAUGAAAUUAAAUCUGUUUAAAAUUUGCGAUCCAGUUAAUCUAUUUUAUCUGGAAUACAGGUGUUUAAAAUGUGCUGUUUUAAGGAGAAUAAUACCUCAGCAAUUAAUAGGGUGCUAUCCUGGGUAGGAUUGGGAAUUUUAAGUUGUUAAAAUGUACCUUGUUAUGCUGUCUAAUUUUAAUACUGCAGAAUUCUCACCUUUUUUCUCCAUAAAGCUGGCAUCCGUUAUAAAAAUCCCCUUUAAUUUGCAGGGUCUAUCAACUAGAAGAGCAUGAUUAGGAUGUCUUAUUUUAGUAGCACCUUUGGUAAAUUAUCAUUUAUCAAAUUUUGUGAAAAUAUUAAAAUAGUAGUGUUUUAAAUAAAAACCAAAACCAAUUAUGUUUGGUUUGUGCUGCAAAAGGUGAUUUUGGGGGUGGGAGGGAAUGAGAUGUUUCUAGUAAUUGAUAGGUAAAAGGCAGCUGAAAACUUGCCAUUCAGUGAUAGGUUUUAAAUGGUUUGGGCCUUGUACUGACAGAAAUUAAUGUUACAUUUAUAAACUAGUUGAAAUUGUUAAUUGUGAAUAUAUUGUUAAUUUGGGAAGCAAGUGAUUCUAUAUUUUUGCAUGUUUGGACAUAUUGGUAUACACUAGUUCAAAUUGUAAUCAUGGUCUUCAUUCUUACAGGGUUUAGGCACAUAAAGAUAUAUAAAAAACAUAUUUUCUUUGAGCGACGGCCUCUGUGCUUGGUAACAGUUCACAUCCAAAAAAAAUUUGAAGUGUGCUCUAAUGCAUACACCAAUCAUAUUUGCAUUGCUGGAUUGCUGAAAUAUAGAGUAACUUUAAUUACGAACCAUCUUGUAUGUUAGUUAUGUUAUGGGUCUAGUGCUUUUAAAGAAAGGGAAUUUUUGAAGGAACGUAUUAUGCAAAAUUAGGUUUAAGGUGGUUUAUUGAUGCCCACAAACUUGUUCUCUUGAAUUUUGUAUGUUGAUGCCAUUUAAACAUUUUAGCUCCAAAUCAACUGAAUAUGCUGUCUGUCCCAUCCAUUGUCUUAAAUGCAGUUAUAAUUUGCAAAGAAAAGCUGCUAUAAUACUGUUGGCACCAUCUUUCUGUAGAAAUGAAUAUUGCAUCUUGGAGAUUCAAUACAAUGAGCUUCUAAAUUUUAUUAUAUGGAAUAAAGUAAUUCUGAAGUUCCAAUUCCAGGUUAAAUUUGAAUUAAAAUAGCUUCGAUGAAGGAAAGGUGAGGGAUCUGGAUCAGUAACAGCGUUUGAAACAGUACUGAAAUUAUUUACAAUUACAUUGUAGAUAAAUUAAAUACACAAUUGCUAAAUAAUUUCUAUUUUGAAAUCUCUGGAAUAUGCACGUCUCUAUCAUGUUUUUCUAGUAAACAUGGCACUGGCACAUUGAUAAAGUAAAUCCAGCAAGGUUUAUGGCUUCCUUCAUCCACAAUAGCAAUUCUGAAUGCCAGUUGAAUACCUAUCAUCAGAUUGAAUAGUUUCAGUGUUCCUAUUUUGAAAAUGUACAGGGAAGCCUCUUUCACUAUUUGGUUAUUUGGGCCUCCUGUGUCUUGGUAAAACUAUUUUCAUUGCUCUGUCAUUUCUGAGAAAUUUGCAGCCUGCAUGAUGAUUAAGGUUUUUUUAAAAGUUUUUAAGAUUAUCCUACAAUACAACUCAUAAUUGUUUUUCAGAAUGGUUGAAUGAUUUAACUAUUUCACUUCAUUAAAUUGUACAAAUAUAUUGAACUUAAAAUGUUGAAAAAAUUGAAAUAAGGUUUGCACAAGAACUUUUUUUCUCUAACUGCAACUCAUAAUUGAAAUGAAUAAUUCCAAAUUUCAGUUCUUGACUCCUAGGUUGUUAGCUUAAAGAUCAGAAAACCACUGUAUUUAAUCUGUAAAUAUCUCUUGAUUACAGUUCUGCCUUUAUUGUCAUUGAAAGUUAUCAAUAAUAAUAUAGCAUUUCAACAAUUAUUCACACUACCUGAAUACGUUUUUGAUUGAUUAAAAUCAGUGUUCCUAGUACGCCCAAGUGGAACUGGAGUGAUGGAAGUCAAAGGGUUAGUUGGGUGGGGAAGGGGAAAGAUUGUGAUGAUGAGUUGUAACCAAGUAGAUUUGAGGGAAAUCAUAAUUCACAAACUUGGCUCUGUUUCUUACAAAAAGAUUGUCAAAUAACUUCACAUUUAGGUGAAACGUACUUCACAACUGUAAAUUUUUGUUCAUUUUCUACUCUGCAACUUAUGCUGUACUGAUUGCAAUUGCAGGUUUGUUUUGCCUCAUAAGCUAUUUACUAGCAGUGAAAUACACCAAGAACUAAGGAUAACUGCUUCGUGAUCAUUUAGAAUUUUGCCUAAGGAUUUGAUGCUGUAGUUUUUUUGUGUUAGUUGCUUAUACUUUGGAAUUUCAUACAUGAUUAGCAUUAAUUUUGUGACAGAAUGAACUUGCGUGUAAAGUUGUUAAGUCGUUAACUUACUGCCUAUUGAUUAUGUUAUGUAUAGUAAUAAUGUUGUUUUUGUAGCAUUCAUGCAAAUUGCCUGAAAAUACUUGUUUUUGCCAAAUAUUUAAACAUUCAAAAGCUAAUUACUAGUGGAUAAGUUGACAUUUUGAAUUUAUUUCUACCCUUUUGUUAACUGCCUUGUUUGUCUCUGUUUUGAAAAGAAAUUUGUCUGCUUUUAAAGCAGUGUUUCCUUCAUGAAUUAAAUUUCCUCUGUCUUAUUCCUUGCAACAUUAAUGUAGUGGGUUAGGACUGGGAAUUAAAGAACUUCGCCUUCUAUGAGGUAAAUUCUGACCAAACUGUCUCACUGCUCAUUGUUUUUGCUAUGUUGUUUAGUGUCUGAACUGUGCUUCUUAAUGAAAAUUGCACAACCAGGUCAAAGCUUUAGAAAUAAAAUGUCAUUUAUAUCUU